CGUACUAAACAGUAUGCGAAGGUCACGUGCCUCCUCGCGCCCGUGACGGUGACGUGCUGCUCUCACGUGCUGCGUAGUGCGCUAGUAUGCGUGUGAUAUAAAGGGGGCUGUGUGACAGGGUGUGGACUGAAUCCGGCUGGAGGAAGAAACACCGCGCAUUUUAUUAUAGAAUUAACACCAAGGUCACCAGAAAAGAUUAAAAUGUUGGACGUGUCGAGCAGCCAGUUUGACUCGUUCCUCUUCUGGAGGCAGCCCAUCGCCACCCUGGACCUUUCUGAGCUCGACGAUCUGGGACUUGCUGAGCCGAAAUCCAAGGACGGGUCUUUGUCCGGGAAAAGUUCUCCCAGGCUGGAUGAAGAUGAUGGCAACUUGGAGCUGUCUGAGUUCUCCUCCUUCAACUACUGGAAGGAGCCGAUAGCCAGGAUCGACAUGCUGGACUUCAGCCUGCUAAUGCUGUGAAGCCCCGCCCCCACAUGCUGGGGCAAACCACGCCCCCCAAAACUGGGGAAAACCCCGCCCCCACACACUGGGUUAAACCCUGCCCCAGCUCCUCACCUGACACUACACCGCCUCCUGAUUACAGAUGUUUUUCACCUGUUUUUUGUCCACACAUAAUGUAUUAUUCUAAAUCUCAGUGUUUCGUUUCUAAAUCUUUUGUUAAACCUGACGGACUGGAAUGUGAUUAAAGGUCAGAAGUGUUUUCUCUCUGA